AAUGAAGAAAUAAGAGAAACAAAGAUAUUAAUUCAAUCAAUAUAAAAGGUGGCUUCCAUUAUGGUUAGAUAGAUGCCUUCAACACCAUCUAAAUUUCCCAAGUACCUCUGCAUUAUUUCAAAGUGAGUGUAUGGAUUUUAGAGCUUAGACUUGCAUAGAACAUAAUUAAAUAUUGUUAUCAUUUCAUCGGUACUCAUGUUUGAUGGUUGUUAAGCAAAUUAUUGAUAGUAAUCCAAAAUCGUAGAAUAUAUACAUUAAAAACACAGCACUAAUUAUUUUAUUUUAUGAUGAGGAGUCUAUCUAAAUUAAAUAAGUUGUAAGGCCUAUAUAGCUUUUUCAAAAGGGGAUUGAUGAAAAAAAGUACCUUAAAGUAACCUUGCUUAAGGUCUAGAGGGUAUCGAAGUAAGAUCAACAUCCUCUAUGAUAAGAGUUUAGUAAUUAUCUUAUUGUUUAGGAGUGGUAAUCAAAGGAUUUGUAUUAAUUUUCGUUGAUAUUUUGGUUUGAAUAUAAUCUCUGGUAGUGCAAUCUAAGCAAAACUUAAUAGAAGUUCCAAAAUCUGCAAGGGUUUUGUUUUGAGAUUAGAUCAAUUUGAGGUGAAUCCUUUCAUUUUCGGCUAUCUAUUCCAACUUUUUAAUUUAGUAAACAUAAGAAGAUAUCUCAUCAUUAAAAAUCAUAUUAGUGACAAGACACUAGAGUGAUUGGAGAGUUAGAAAUUG